AUUGUUGUGCCAUGCCUCGUUUCAUCUGUGAAUUCUAUGAAUGUACAAUACAGUAUUACAAAAGGAAAAACUAGCUUUUCUAGCUGUCAACAUUCAGCAUAUUAGUUUGCCAUAGCACUCUCCUCAACAUCUCACCAGUUGCUGGUUCAAGAGAUAUCUGGAUCCAACAAUGCUUAAGAAAGAAGUCAAGCCUUACUGGAAUCUUUCAGUGAAGGUUUUACAUGGGAAUAUCAAAAUGGAAUGCGACUACUUGUCUAAAGCUGACUGCUAUGUUAUCAUGAACUUACCCACGGCAUCUGCCCGUACAUAUCGCACCAAGACGAUUGCAAAUAGCAACACACCUGUAUGGAAUGAAACCUUUUACUUCAGGUUGCAGAGCAAUGUCAAGAAUGUUCUGGAGUUCCAGGUCUAUGACAAUGACCCGUAUAUGAGAGAUAAUCAUAUUGCCACUGUCCUGUUUGACAUUAAUAACCUCACACCAGAGAAGAAGGAACAAAAAUGUUUCAUUUUAAAUUAUACAACCAAAGAUGAGCUGUGGGUGGAGUUUGAGGUGACAAACAGCUCUGAGGUGCCGACCCCAUACAUGUCUAAUGGGGUGUUGGUGGCAGGUCCUUUUUGUGAGCUGACGGUGGGAGUAGACAAGCUUCUUAAGAACUCUGGAGACAUACGUAAUAUGGUGUUGAACCUGAAAGGGGCAUAUAAAGAGGAUCAUGUCAUCUCACAAGAGGAGAAUCAUAAAUUCUUAAAGACAUUAUGUUAUUACAUCAACCGAAACCUGGAAACUGAACUUAAUCUAACAGGUGUAAUCGUUGGUGAAAAUUCUGAGGAAAAUCAAGUUGAUGGUGCAAAUCAAAAGAGUGAAGACAUUGGCACUUCUAUCCCUCUAAAACCACUACCAUCCAAUUACCAAUUUACAGUGUCUUUGCCCCUGCCACAGGAAAAUGUUGAUGUGGAGCUGAAAGCGGAUGAUUGUUUUACUGAAGAGCUCGAUGUACGUCUGGAUUUUGAUAUCCCGAAGGAAGAAAAUAAUUUUCUGGUAAAGAGGAGUAAAGUUGUAUCACAGGCACUUCAGAAAUUUCUGAAUAUCACCACUCCACUUGAGCCCAGCAAGGUUCCUGUGAUAGCUGUGGUGUCUUCAGGAGGUGGGACUCGAGCAAUGACGGGCACCUAUGGAGCUCUUAGAGGUCUGCAGAAGCUCCAACUCCUUGAUGCUGUCAGCUACAUCACAGGGCUUUCUGGCUCCACCUGGACUUUAGCUUCUCUUUAUGGCGACCCUAACUGGUCUAAAAGUGACAUCAUUAAGUUCAUAGAGUCUUCAAAGAAAGAAAUCUCUAAAAGUGCAUUCAGUAUAUUUUCCCGUGAGCAGCUGUCAUACUACAAAAAGAAGAUGGAGGAAAGAGUAAAAGAAGGGCAUACUGUCUCUCUUAUUGACAUGUGGGGUCUAGCUAUAGAGUAUCUUAUUCAAGGACAGAAACCCUUGGGUACACUGACUGAAAUGCAGAAGGCAGUGUCAGAAGGCCAAAACCCUUUACCCAUCUUCACAGCUGUUAAUAUGAAGGAUGGCAAUUCAGAAUUUACAGCAGAAGCUGAAUGGUGUGAGUUCACCCCAUAUGAAGUUGGCAUUUCUAAGUAUGGUGGGUUUGUACCUGCUCAGAACUUUGGGAGUGAAUAUUAUCUUGGUCACCUGGUCAAGAAACUUCCUGAAACCAGAGUAUCCUUUCUGUUGGGAAUAUGGAGCAGUGUUUUCUCUCUGAAUCUGACACAAAUCUGGGCUGCGGCAACUGGCAUCACCCCUUCAUGUACCCCAGGGGUUGAAAAGGAAGCGAGUAACACAAAGACUGAUAAUAAGCCAAAAACAAUCAGCACGUCUGUGGUGAGCCCAGUGGCCGACUCAGUUAAAAUAGUGAGCAGUUUUAUGAACAGUCGCCCAAUCAUCAGCCAGAUGUCCAACUUCCUGAGGGGUCUGCAGCUACACCGGGAUUACAGCCAGAACUCUGCCUUCAUCACAUGGAAAGAAAAACACGCUGAUGCCUUUCCUAACACCCUGACUCCAAUGGACUCCCUGCUUAGCUUAGUUGAUGGUGGAUUUGCCAUAAAUUCAGGAUUCAUCCCUGUUUUAGGCUCUCAAAGACAUGCAGAUGUCAUUCUUUCUCUAAACUACUCCUGGGACCAAGACCAGUUUAAAGUCCUGAAGCAAACUUAUGACUACUGUACUGAUCGCAAGAUUCCAUUUCCAAAGAUUGAUUUCAAAAAGGUGGAGUCAGAGCCGAUACAGGAAGUUUAUGUGUUUGAGGAUCAAGAAAAUCCAGAGGCUCCUAUAGUGAUUCAUUUUCCCUUUGUCAACAUCACAUACAAACAAUUCAAGGCUCCUGGUGUGAAAAGAGUUGGUGAAACGGAACUGAAGGAGGGAGAUGUUAAUGUUGACUUCACUGAUGGCUCCUCCCCUUACAUCACUCGCAAAAUUACAUACACACCAGAGGACUACGACAAGUUAAUUAACCUCACUUCCUACAACAUCCUAAACAACAAAGAUGUCAUUUUGAAAACCCUGAACCAAGCAGUUAAGAGGAAAUCCAAAUAAAAGGACAAGUUCAUGUCACACAAGUCGUAGGAACAGUGAUCUGGAUCUUUUUAGUAUUUGCUAUAUAUGUCCAUCCAGAAAAGUAAUUUAACAGUGUUUAAAUGUAUUAAAUGUUUUUGCCAUAUCACAGUGUAUGUAUAUACAGUUUAUUGAAGUUAACACCUGAAUAAAAAUAAGAGCAUGUGUCCAUUUAUAUUGUUUUGUUGAGAGUCCAUUUA